CAGACGCCGAGGAAGUCACUCGCACUGAGCCCACAAAGCAAAUCAAAGAGAGCAGGGAAUACACAGCCAUAACGUAGCAUAUAAGAAGAACCAGGGGAGAAGAUUCCUUUCUCCGACACACAACACGACUCAACUAUCUUCGUCUUCCUCGUCGUCUUCUUCUUGCUCGGGUCGAGGAAGGAAGAGCAGCGGAGCAGCGGCGGGCCCUCAAAAGAUCUUGAGGGUCAUUUUUGGAUCUGGGCGCUCUUCCAUUUGGCGAGGUUCUUGAUUCUCUCUGGAGUGUGAAAAUGGCGGCCGCCUUCCCCAUUCCGCUUACUGCUGCUCAGAUUGGUACAUAUUUUGUGGGGCAGUACUAUCAAAUUCUGCAGCAACAGCCAGAGAUAGUGCACCAGUUCUACUCUGAUGCCAGCACCGUGCUCCGUAUUGAUGGUCAUACUAGGGAAACUGCCACAGCAAUGCUGCAAAUCCACUCGCUUAUCAUGUCCAUCAGUUACACCGGAGUCGAAAUUAAGACAAUACAUUCGCUGGAGUCAUGGAGUGGUGGUGUUCUCGUGAUGAUAUCAGGCUCUGUGCAGCUUAAGAAUUUCAAUGGAAGCAGAAAGUUCAUGCAGACAUUCUUUCUUGCACCACAGGAGACGGGGUUUUUCAUUCUCAAUGAUAUUUUUCACUUUUUUGAAGAGGAGCAAGCUCAUCACCACCAUCAUCAUCAUCCAACAGUUUUGUUAGCUCAGAACAAUCUUAAUGCCAAGCUCAGUGCUCCUCCUUCUAAUCAGGAUUCAGUUCCAUCCUAUAUGCUGAGUCGAGAAGUCCUGGCAAGAGAGUUUGCUCCUGCUGAAGUAAAAGAAAAUGGACCUGUUGACAAUUUCAAUGUAUUACCAGAACAGCCGCAACAGCAAGUUCCUGAGUCGGAAAAUAUUCAUGAGGGCAGUCUUGCAGUAGAGUCAAAUGGGCCUACUCAGAAUGCUGCAAAUAAUGCUGUUCAGGAUCACUCAUCUGCCUCGGUUGAUGAGGUCUCUGGAGAACAACAUAAGCACACCUAUGCUUCAAUAUUACGUGUGGUCAAGGGGCAAUCUCCUCCAUCUGUGGGUCCCCCGACUUCUGCUAGCAGCAAGAAUCUCCAGCCUGCAGCUUCAGAAUGGGACCAGAUUCUGGAACCAGUGAAUCAGCAAUCAGCUGCAUCUCCAACUGCGUAUGAGAGGUCGGAAGCUGAGGCAGCAGAGGAGGUCGCUGGCUUCGAAGAUGGGGAAUUAAAAUCGGUCUACGUGAGGAACUUGCCGUCUACUGUAUCUGAAUCUGAGAUUGAGGAGGAAUUCAGAAAGUUCGGGAGAAUCAGGACCGAUGGUGUGGUCAUUCGUGGUCGCAAGGAUCUAGGAGUCUGCUAUGCAUUUGUGGAAUUUGAAGACAUGGUUGGUGUUCAUGAUGCAGUAAAGGCGGCCACCGCACAGGUUGCAGGACGACAGGUGUACAUUGAAGAGCGUAGACCCAACAGCAACAUCCCUUCUCGUUCGAGGAGGGGAAGAGGCAGAGGAAACUACCAAUCAGAGUCUUCGAGGACCCGAUUCGGGUCUCGGAACUUAAACAGGGGAAGUGCUAGUGCCCGUGAGGGAGGUGACAGAGAGUACAACAGAUCGAGAGGGAACGGAUUUUACAGGCCAAAUCACCGGCAAGAACGAGGCAGCUCGGGCCAGCAGAUAUCAUCAAGAAGUGGGCAAAACCCACAAGAGUAGGCAGAGCUUAUCAUUUGAAUGUGGGGAUGAGAAGACAGUUUUGAAUCAAGCAAAACCCUUUUCAUCUUCAUCAUUUGUCUCCACCAAUUCUUAGCAGCAUGAGUCAAUUUUUACCAUAUUAUGAUAGGUAAAAUAUGGAGAUAGAAUAUUCAUUCUGGGAAGGUUUAUAUAAAAUGUGGCUUUUUGCCUAAUUUGAUUCCGCCCUAGGAGAUGAUGAGUAUGCAAAUUUUGUGUCAUAGUCCAAUUUCCAGCAUAUAGUUUAUCAUUGAUCAAAUUGAAUUUUGAUAUAUAGCUAACUUGGGUGGGUUUCAAAUUCUUAGCUUUCUUUUGAAUAUCGGAUCUGCCAUGACUUGGUAAUGUUUCGAACUGCGAGCAUUAAGCAAUCUCGCCAUUGAUCAUAGUUUGGCAUCUUUGCCUUGCCCUAUAA